GUUCAUACUGGCAAAACAAUGGAAGGCCUGGUUCAACAACUGCGGGUAACAUUUAGUGGCAUUGGAGAGGAAAGUCAGGAACCUGUUAACAGAAGAGGGCGUCAGAUCUCCAUACGGAAGGGCCAAUCUUUCAGAGAGAAAAAAGAAGGUAUCAACGUGUUCGGAUGGCAGAUACCUGGCUUAAAAGGUGUACCUUUAGGGUAUGAACCAAGUAGAGAUGGUCAAUUUGAAACUGCCGUGGCGGCAUCUGCUUAUGCCAUAAAAAUGGUGGAAGAACCUGAUGGUUUCAACCAGAGGAGGUCCGGUGAAGGAAUGGAUUCGAGAUUUAAGCUUAGCAGAAGAAGAGAGGAAGGCGCAGCAAGUCCUUCACAGCUUGGUGAUAUGUCCAGACGGCUAUCCUGGAAGUCCUCUAAAGAAGACAAGCAAUAUAGAGGUACUAGUAGUUUACGGUUCUUUACAGCUUUAAUUAAUGGCCGCGGCCAAAGUCGCCCCUGA